CAAAGAGACAAGAGUUAAUUAUCAAUAUCAGUUUACUAUCUAGAUGGUUAGCGUCCAUGAUUUAAAGGCCUAUAAACGAAGUUGUCUGAUUUUAUCCUGUUAGUUACUUUCGUGCCUGGAAUCCAACCGUUGUUCCAGUCCACCAGCCAGUGUUAGGACUACCUUCGCCUUGCCUUUCAAUGACAGGAGAAGUGGAUAGCCCUGGAAUCGAGGUUGCUGGUGCUAAACGACUUUGAUUAGGUUGCAUACCCUAUGUAUGGAUGAAAUAGAGUUAAUCAGAUUAAUAGAACAAUAGCUUUAAUUAGCCAGCAACAAUUUCUUUUGUAGGAACAAUAAAUUACUUCUUGACGUCAUUUAGUGUAAUUAACCAGAAAAAUUUUACUUACUUGCAAUGACGAGAUGUCGACAGAAUAGAGUAGUUAUGUUUACAAAAACUUUGAUGUUGUUUAUAACGACUUAUUAUUUAUAUUUACUUGUGAUUACUCUCUUUCUUUCGUAGAAAAUGAAAAACGAUACUGAUGAAAAAAUGCAAGUAAUGAAAGAUGGUGAAUUUGUAGCGGUGAAUUGCGAAGCUGAGCCAGACAAAACUGUAACAGAAGCAACAGAAAAUCCACCGCCAUUAUUAAUCUAUGAUGAUAGACAAUCAGAAAAAAUAGAGAAGCAUUAUCCAAUACAGGAGAAGAGAAACCCACACACGUAUCUGGUUGCACAUCGCAGGCCGUCGUACGAACCCUACUCACGAUCACGCGUGAGUAACCUGACACCUGCAGCAGCACUGCACGACGAGUCGUCAUAUGACAGUGACAGAUUCAAUCCAUCGCAGAGUAAUGACAGACUUUAUCACCGUCAUCAUUCAUGUCACUCACGAAUUUCAACAGAAAAAUAUCGUCAUCCUAUUUUCGCGACAGCUGAAGACUUGAAAGAAGAAGAACUUAGAGAGAAAGAAGAAUGUAAGGAGUGCGAAAGAGGACCCCAUGUACUUGAAAAACGUGAAAGUUCAAUUAUUUUAUUCGUUGAAGUCAAUGGAAGAAAAUAUGGCGGAAGAUUAUCAUUAGAUGAAGUGUUGUAGCUUCUAAUACGAAAGAGGAAAAAUUCCUGGCAUAUUUUUCUUUAAACUCCCUCUGAGGCUCCUUAUAUGUAUAUGUAUAUGGUUAAAAAAUAUGAUAUACCAUCAAGGGAAAGAUCCAGCAUGCUUUGUAUAUUUCUGCGCCAUUUUGACAAAAAUUACAGGCUAAUUCGACAAAACAUGCAGUCUGUAGUUAUAGUUCUGGCGGGGGUGAAAGUCACGUUGCAAAUGCGUACUAUUACAAUGAUAUUUUAUAUUAAAAAAACGCCUGCUUAAUGUAAGAUUUACUACGCGUCUAACAUUUUUAACUCGCAAAAAUGGAAAACAAAGAUAACAUGGCCUCUCCAUGUUAAAAAAAUGUAUUACUGUGUAAGUAUAUAUUAUACAUAUUAUGUUUACAGCUGAUAGCAUUUAUUUAGAUAUAACUUGUUUUAUUUAGAGAAAAGAGAAAGUCAUGCUGCUCAAUUUUAAAA